AUGAUACGUUUGGUUACAGACAUCGCGAAUAAGAGUCUACUGAUACUGUCGUGCUCAUAUGCAGCUAUUUUAGGUGCUCUUUGUCUCUUUCAACGGAAGCUUCAGUACUUCCCCACUGCAGAAGUGCCAACUCUAGAUAGCCUUCCAACCGCUUUCCGUCGUGUCGAGGAGUUUGAAGUGCACGUGAUUGACGGGCUGAAACUGAAAGGCUGGUUAUGGCGACAGAAGUCUUCACCAGUGUUGAUACUGCAUUUGCACGGAAACGCAGGAAAUCGAUUUCACCGUCUAUACUGGGCGAAUGAAAUCGUGAAACGGACAAGCUGUUCUGUCGCACUUUUUGAUUACCGAGGUUUUGGUGGGAAUCCUGGUCGUAUCUCAGAGGAUGGUCUGAUUAAAGACGCGGUGGCAGCCAUAACGUGGGCAUACACGAAUGCGAAACGAAAUUCACAAAAGCUUGUUCUACACCUGGAAAGCAUCGGUAGUGCUGUGGGCCUGAGUGCUCUGCUCAAAAUGGCAGUCGAAGUUCGGGUCGAUGGAAUCGUCGUAGAGGGCGGAUUGUGCUCGUGUUAUGAUUUAGCACGUUCUAUGCUACCUUUCGUACCAGUUAAAUUAUUAUUACGCGACAAAUGGAACCUUACCAUUCAAGGCGCUCAGGAGCUGGAUGAAGAUAUCAACUUCCUCAGCCUGCACGGGAAGGCUGAUCGGAUAGUGCCACUCUGGUGUGGGACGAAAUUGUUCGAAGCAGUGUCUUGUCGUCACAAAAAAUUUAUAGCGUUUGAAUUUGGCGACCAUAACGAUUUGAUUAUCCAACCUGGUUAUCUUGAUGCACUUCUUGAAUUUUAUGCUGAAGUUGAGCGUAAAGACACUUGA